GCGGCUCCGGGCCCAGGUGAAUGGAGUAACCUGACAGCGGGAACGAGGCGACGGCGAGCGGCAGGAAAUGGCGGCGGCGGCGGCGGCGCCGGGCGGCACCGGGAGGCCUGGGCUGUGACGCGCGCGCCGGAGCGGGGUCCGAUGGUUCUGGAAGGCCCGCGGCGCCCAGUGCUGCAGGUUACCUAGGGUAUGCAUAAAUACAGACUUGGAAACUCUGAAAGAACUUAGAGUCAGCAUUUCGAGAGCAGAAGCGUGGGCAUGCUGUGGUUUCCCAGUAAGCUAUCACAAUGUCAGAAUGCAGUUCAGACAGCAGCAGCACAGAGGGCGCAGACAUUAAAACGUAAGCUGUGCUAGAACAAAAUGCAAUGAAAGAAACACUGGAUGAAUGAAAAGCCCUGCUUUGCAGCCCCUCAGCAUGGCAGGCCUGCAGCUCAUGACCCCUGCUUCCUCACCAAUGGGUCCUUUCUUUGGACUGCCAUGGCAACAAGAAGCAAUUCAUGAUAACAUUUAUACGCCAAGAAAAUACCAGGUUGAGCUCCUGGAAGCGGCUCUGGACCAUAACACCAUUGUCUGCUUGAACACCGGCUCAGGGAAGACGUUCAUCGCAGUCCUGCUCACCAAAGAGCUGGCCCAUCAGAUCAGGGGCGACCUCAACCCACAUGCAAAAAGGACCGUGUUUCUCGUCAACUCUGCAAACCAGGUUGCUCAGCAAGUUUCAGCUGUCAGAACUCACUCAGAUCUCAAGGUUGGGGAGUACUCAAACCUAGAAGUAAAUGCAUCUUGGACAAAAGAGAGAUGGAGCCAAGAGUUUACUAAGCACCAGGUUCUCAUUAUGACUUGCUAUGUCGCCUUGAAUGUUUUGAAAAAUGGUUACUUAUCACUGUCAGACAUUAACCUUUUGGUGUUUGAUGAGUGUCAUCUUGCAAUUCUAGACCACCCCUAUCGAGAAAUUAUGAAGCUCUGUGAAAGUUGUCCAUCAUGCCCUCGAAUUUUGGGACUGACUGCUUCCAUUUUAAAUGGGAAAUGUGAUCCAGAGGAAUUGGAAGAAAAGAUUCAGAAACUGGAGAAUAUUCUUAAGAGUAAUGCUGAGACUGCAACUGACCUGGUGGUCUUAGACAGAUACACUUCUCAGCCGUGUGAGAUUGUGGUAGAUUGUGGACCAUUUACUGACAGAAGUGGGCUUUAUGAAAGACUGCUGAUGGAAUUAGAAGAAGCACUUAAUUUUAUCAAUGACUGUAAUGUAUCUGUACAUUCAAAGGAAAGAGAUUCUACUCUGAUUUCCAAACAAAUGCUCUCAGACUGCCGUGCAGUGUUGGUUGUUCUGGGACCCUGGUGUGCUGAUAAAGUAGCUGGGAUGAUGGUAAGAGAACUGCAGAAGUACAUCAAACACGAGCAAGAGGAGCUGCACAGGAAGUUUUUAUUGUUUACAGACACUUUGUUGAGGAAAAUACAUGCACUAUGUGAAGAGCACUUCUCACCUGCCUCACUUGACCUGAAGUAUGUAACUCCUAAAGUCAUGAAACUGCUCGAGAUCCUGCGCAAAUACAAGCCCUAUGAGCGACAGCAGUUUGAAAGUGUUGAGUGGUACAAUAAUAGGAAUCAGGAUAACUAUGUGUCCUGGAGUGAUUCGGAGGAUGAUGAUGAUGAUGAAGAAAUUGAAGAAAAAGAAAAGCCAGAGACAAAUUUCCCUUCUCCAUUUACCAAUAUUUUAUGUGGAAUUAUCUUUGUGGAAAGAAGGUACACAGCAGUUGUCCUCAACAGAUUGAUAAAGGAAGCUGGCAAGCAAGAUCCAGAGCUGGCUUAUAUCAGCAGCAACUUUAUAACUGGACAUGGCAUUGGGAAGAACCAGCCUCGCAGCAAACAGAUGGAAGCAGAGUUCCGAAAGCAAGAGGAGGUACUUAGGAAAUUUCGAGCACAUGAGACUAACCUGCUCAUUGCAACAAGUGUUGUAGAAGAGGGUGUGGAUAUUCCCAAGUGCAACUUGGUGGUUCGUUUUGAUUUGCCCACGGAGUAUCGAUCAUAUGUUCAGUCUAAAGGACGAGCGCGAGCCCCGAUCUCUAAUUAUGUGAUGUUAGCAGAUACAGACAAGAUAAAGAGCUUCGAAGAAGACCUUAAAACCUACAAAGCUAUUGAAAAGAUCUUAAGAAACAAGUGUUCAAAGUCAGUGGAUGGUGCUGAGGCUGAUGUUGAUGCAGUUGUAGAUGAUGAUGAUGUUUUCCCGCCGUAUGUAUUGAGGCCUGAUGACGGGGGUCCACGAGUCACGAUCAACACUGCCAUUGGACACGUCAACAGAUAUUGUGCUCGAUUACCAAGUGAUCCGUUUACGCAUCUAGCUCCCAAAUGUAGAACCCGAGAGUUGCCUGAUGGUACAUUUUAUUCAACUCUUUAUCUUCCGAUUAACUCACCUCUUCGAGCCUCCAUUGUUGGUCCACCAAUGGGCUGUAUACGGUUGGCUGAAAGAGUGGUAGCUCUCAUUUGCUGUGAAAAACUGCACAAAAUUGGUGAACUGGAUGAACAUUUGAUGCCAGUGGGAAAAGAGACUGUUAAAUAUGAAGAAGAGCUUGACUUACAUGAUGAAGAGGAGACCAGUGUUCCAGGAAGACCAGGAUCCACAAAGCGAAGGCAGUGCUACCCUAAAGCAAUCCCAGAGUGCUUGAGGGAGAGUUACCCUAGACCCGAUCAGCCUUGUUACCUGUAUGUGAUAGGGAUGGUCUUAACUACCCCCCUCCCUGAUGAGCUCAACUUCAGGCGACGGAAGCUCUACCCACCUGAGGACACCACAAGAUGCUUUGGGAUCCUGACAGCCAAACCUAUACCUCAGAUUCCUCACUUUCCUGUGUAUACACGCUCUGGAGAGGUCACCAUAUCCAUUGAGCUGAAGAAGUCUGGUUUCACAUUGUCUCAGCAAAUGCUUGAGCUGAUUACAAGACUCCACCAGUAUAUAUUCUCACAUAUUCUUCGGCUUGAAAAACCCGCCCUAGAGUUUAAGCCUACAGGCGCUGAGUCAGCAUACUGUGUUCUACCUCUUAAUGUUGUUAAUGACUCUAGCACUCUGGACAUUGACUUUACGUUCAUGGAGGAUAUUGAGAAGUCUGAAGCUCGUAUAGGCAUUCCCAGCACUAAGUAUUCAAAAGAAACACCGUUUGUUUUUAAGUUAGAAGAUUACCAAGAUGCAGUUAUCAUUCCAAGAUACCGCAAUUUUGAUCAGCCUCAUCGAUUUUAUGUAGCUGAUGUGUACACUGAUCUUACCCCACUCAGUAAAUUUCCUUCCCCUGAGUAUGAAACUUUUGCAGAAUAUUAUAAAACAAAGUAUAACCUUGACCUGACCAAUCUCAACCAGCCACUGCUGGAUGUCGACCACACAUCUUCCAGACUUAACCUUUUGACACCUCGGCAUUUGAAUCAGAAGGGGAAAGCACUUCCUCUAAGCAGUGCUGAAAAGAGGAAAGCCAAAUGGGAAAGUCUGCAGAACAAACAGAUACUGGUUCCGGAACUCUGUGCUAUACAUCCAAUCCCAGCAUCACUGUGGAGAAAAGCAGUUUGUCUCCCCAGCAUACUUUAUCGCCUUCACUGCCUUUUGACUGCAGAGGAGCUAAGAGCUCAGACAGCCAGCGAUGCUGGAGUAGGAGUCAGAUCCCUUCCUGCAGAUUUUAGAUACCCUAACUUAGACUUCGGGUGGAAAAAAUCUAUUGAUAGCAAGUCCUUCAUCUCAACUUGUAACUCCUCGUUGGCUGAAAAUGAUAAUUACUGUAAGCACAGCACAAUUAUAGUCCCUGAAAAUGCUGCACAUCAAGGUGCUACUAGAACCUCCUUAGAAAACUAUGACCAAAUGUCUGUGAACUGCAGGUUAGCCGCCGAGUCACCUGGGAAGUUCCAAAUUGAAGUUUCAACAGAUCUGACAGCAAUUAAUGGUCUUUCUUACAACAAAAAUCUUGCCAAUGGCAGUUAUGAUUUAGUUAACAGAGACUUUUGCCAAGGAAAUCAGCUGAAUUACUUCAAGCAGGAAAUACCUGUACAACCAACUACCUCAUAUCCCAUUCAGAAUUUAUACAAUUAUGAGAACCAGCCCAAGCCCAGCAAUGAAUGUACUCUACUGAGUAAUAAAUACCUUGAUGGAAACGCUAACACAUCUACCUCAGAUGGAAGCCCCGCGGUGUCCACAAUGCCUGCCAUGAUGAAUGCUGUUAAAGCACUCAAGGACAGGAUGGAUUCUGAGCAGAGCCCUUCUGUUGGGUACUCCUCAAGGACUCUUGGCCCCAAUCCUGGACUGAUUCUUCAGGCUUUGACACUGUCAAAUGCUAGCGAUGGGUUUAACCUGGAGCGGCUUGAGAUGCUUGGCGACUCCUUUUUAAAGCAUGCUAUCACCACAUAUCUCUUUUGCACUUACCCUGAUGCUCACGAGGGCCGCCUUUCAUAUAUGAGAAGCAAAAAGGUCAGCAACUGUAACCUGUAUCGCCUUGGCAAGAAGAAGGGGCUGCCCAGCCGUAUGGUAGUGUCGAUAUUUGAUCCUCCUGUGAAUUGGCUUCCUCCUGGUUAUGUGGUAAAUCAAGAUAAAAGUAACGCAGAUAAAUGGGAAAAGGAUGAAAUGACAAAAGACCGCUUGCUGGCUAACGGUAAACUAGGUGAGCACUGUGAGGAAGAGGAGGAGGAGGAGGAAGAGGAGGAGGAGCUGCCGUGGAGGACUCCCAAGGAGGAGGCUGAGGAUGAAGACGACUUCCUGGAGUAUGAUCAGGAGCACAUCCAGUUUAUAGACAGCAUGUUAAUGGGGUCAGGAGCCUUUGUGAAGAAAAUUUCUCUUUCUCCUUUUUCCACCUCUGAUUCUGCUUAUGAAUGGAAAAUGCCCAAAAAGUCCUCCUUAGGCAGUAUGCCGUUUUCCUCAGACCUUGAGGAUUUUGACUACAGCUCUUGGGAUGCAAUGUGCUAUCUGGAUCCUAGCAAAGCCGUGGAAGAGGAUGACUUUGUGGUAGGUUUCUGGAAUCCGUCAGAAGAAAACUGUGGCGCUGACACAGGGAAGCAGUCCAUUUCUUACGACUUGCACACGGAGCAGUGCAUUGCCGACAAAAGCAUAGCGGACUGUGUGGAGGCCCUGCUGGGCUGCUACUUAACCAGCUGCGGGGAGAGGGCUGCUCAGCUUUUCCUCUGCUCGCUGGGCCUGAAGGUGCUCCCUGUCAUCAAAAGGACCAGCCGGGACAAGGCCCUGGACCCUGCUCGGGAGAACUCGGGCAGCCAACAAAAGAGCCUUUUAGGGAGCUAUGCUGCCGCUGCAACUGGCCCACGCUCCUCUGCAGGGAAAGACUUGGAGUACGGCUGCCUAAAGAUCCCACCAAGGUGUAUGUUUGACCAUCCAGAUGCAGAGAAAACCCUGAACCACCUGAUAUCUGGGUUUGAAAAUUUUGAGAAGAAAAUCAACUACAGAUUCAAGAAUAAGGCUUACCUUCUGCAGGCUUUUACACACGCCUCCUACCACUACAACACUAUCACUGAUUGUUACCAGCGCUUAGAAUUCCUGGGAGAUGCGAUUUUGGACUACCUCAUAACCAAGCACCUUUAUGAAGACCCACGGCAGCAUUCCCCAGGGGUCCUGACUGACCUGCGCUCUGCCCUGGUCAACAACACCAUCUUUGCAUCAUUGGCUGUGAAGUAUGACUACCACAAGUACUUUAAAGCCGUCUCUCCCGAGCUCUUCCAUGUCAUUGACGACUUUGUGCAGUUUCAGCUUGAGAAGAACGAGAUGCAAGGGAUGGACUCUGAGCUUAGGAGAUCCGAGGAGGAUGAAGAGAAAGAAGAGGAUAUCGAAGUCCCCAAGGCCAUGGGGGACAUCUUUGAGUCUCUGGCUGGUGCCAUUUAUAUGGACAGUGGGAUGUCUCUGGAGGUGGUCUGGCAGGUGUACUACCCGAUGAUGCGGCCACUAAUAGAAAAGUUUUCUGCAAAUGUGCCGCGUUCUCCAGUGAGAGAAUUGCUUGAGAUGGAACCAGAAACCGCCAAGUUUAGCCCAGCGGAGAGAACUUACGAUGGGAAGGUCAGAGUCACCGUGGAAGUGGUGGGGAAGGGGAAAUUUAAAGGUGUCGGCCGGAGCUACAGGAUCGCAAAGUCUGCUGCAGCAAGAAGAGCCCUCCGCAGCCUCAAAGCUAACCAGCCUCAGGUUCCUAACAGCUGAAGCCUCCAGAUGCGCAGGCAGCAAGAUGGUGAACCAGGAUCGCAGAGACUCAUCAGAGGAUGAUUCAGAGUUGACACAGAGCAGAAUAAUUGAAGGCAGAAGUUAAAGUUUGAUAACGAGAUAGAUAACAGAAUAAAACUUUUAAUAUGUGUAUAAACUUUUUGGAACUAAUUGUAGUUUUAGUUUUUUGCGCAAACACAAUCUUGUCUUCUUUCCCACUUCUGCUCUGUUUAAAUCACAAGAGUGCUUUAAUGCCGGCAUUUAGCAAGUUUUUGAAGUCAUUCUGACGGGUUCUUUUGUUGUUGUUUUGGAUUUUGCAUUAAUUUCUGUCGACUUUGCUUGCUGUUAAGAGGCCAUGGAGCUUAACCCUCUAGCAGUCCUAGACCUGGGUAGCGUCCUGGCCGUGCGUCCCCCCACCUAGUGCCUGUCCUGCAGCAGUUGUCGAGCCCAGCACAACCGUGUGAACAGUUUGGGACACACGCGUGCUGUCGGGCAGAGCAGACUCCCGGGAGCUGUUGCACUAUAGUAAGGGCCAGUUUGGAGUCAGUGUUGGCUGUUGAUGAGUCAAGGCCAGGUUUUCUGAUGCCCCAUAGUGCUGCAUAGAGAGGGUUCUUGCCUUAAAGUAGACACUUGAUGGUUUUCUUCCUUUUUGGUCUUUUGGGAACAGAUUCUUUUGCUUUUUCCUUUGUCUUAUUAUACAUUAGAUGAGACAGAGUGACGCAGCUCACUCGAGGACUUGCAGCAGAACUGUUGCAGGUAGGAUUUCCGUCACACGUGUACAGACACUGAAGACAGUCUGAAAGCCAGAGUGAGUAGUCCGGGUUUUUAAAACACCACCAUAGGCAGGAUAUGUGACUAGGUGCCCAGUUUUCCUCAGACCUUCCUGCCAGGUCGUCCAGUGGUGGAAAUGCGUACCUAGUCGGCUGUUGCUCUAACAAAAGGACCCUGAGAUGCAGUGUGCCCAGAGGUGCUGCAGGUUUGUAGUGGAGCUGAGGUUCCUUUAGAGGAGCAGAGUAGGACGUCUCCUCCUGCUCCUGUCCACGUCCUGACCGCCCACCGUGUUGCCUGCAUUCCCAAAGCUGUGCCAUUUAUGCUUGGGUUGCAAGUCACUCGCUUAGAUAAACUGGGUCAUUAGUUCCAUCUCAGAAUCAAAGGAACAAAAGCUUUUUAGGCAUUGCUGAAGCUUCUUGAUUAGGCUGUAGGCACUCUUCACUCACACACCUCAGUUUCCCUCCUUUGCGUGCGUUUUCCCAGUUGGUGCUAUGUUUAUGUAUCAUGCUUGAAGUUUAAUUUUUUGCACUGUGACUAUAAUACCUCUUAAUUUACAUUUUAAAUGCUAUAUGGGUUGGUCAUACCCUCCCACCGACAUACAGUGGAGGUUUGCUGCAAUUCGCCCUAUUAUGCUUGAAGUCUCAGCAAGCUGAGCCAGGGUGGCUCUGACUUCCCACACAUCCUUCUGAGGCUGAUGCUUCAUGUAAUGCUGCACUUAGGGUUAAAUUACAUUUGUGUUGCUGUGCACCGUCCACCCGAAAGAGACACCCGUGUGUGUGUGUGUGUGUGUGUGUGUGUGUGUGUGUGUGUGUGUACACAGAAG